UUACAGUACGGACGCGUGCUCGUGUGCGCGCUCGCGUUGGCUAUUGUGUUUUUAUCAACAAGGGGACCACCCUGGCCUCGCGGGUAACUGAGCUGGCCAGCUGAACGACUAGUGACUGGUGAAUGAUGGCAGACGAACAAGAAAUAAUGUGCAAACUGGAGAACAUCCUGGAGAUACGGAAUAAGACUAUCCAAAUGCAGAAGAUUAAGUCUCGUCUGAAGAUUGAGUUUGAGGCUCUGGAGUCUGAGGAGAAACAUUUGAAAGAGUACAAACAAGAAAUGGAUCUCCUGCUUCAAGAAAAAAUGGCCCAUGUGGAGGAGCUGCGCCUCAUCCAUGCAGAUAUCAAUGUGAUGGAGAGCACGAUCAAGCAAUCAGAGAAUGACCUCAAUAAACUGCUUGAAACAACUCGGCGCCUGCAUGAUGAGUACAAACCACUGAAGGAGCAUGUUGAUGCCCUGAGGAUGACUUUAGGUCUACACAGACUCCCUAACUUGAAUGAAGAAGAGGAGAAGCUCUCCUUGGAUUACUUUGAGAAGCAGAAGGCAGAGUGGCAGAAGGAGACGCAUGAGCCUGCCAUUCCAGAAUCCCUUGCUGCCGCCGCAGCCGCAGCACAGCAGCUUCAGGUGUCCAGGAAGCAAGAUGCCCGUCAGACAGCCACCUUCAGACAGCAACCUCCACCUAUGAAGGCUUGCCUGUCCUGCCACCAGCAGAUUCAUCGUAACGCUCCCAUCUGUCCAUUAUGUAAGGCUAAAAGCCGCUCCCGCAACCCAAAGAAGCCCAAGAGGAAGCCAGAUGAGUAGACUCCCACCUUUAGCUUCAGAGGAGUAUAAAGACAACUGGUCCAAGACACUGACCUUGAAUCAGCCGUGUACAGUCCACGACUGGUCUGACAGGUCUGUGUUUCCAGUUUCCACACAGUCCCCCCAGUUUAACAAACUGUCUUAGUAACUUGCUCCUAACCUGUCAAGAUUUGGUUGAGCAUCUAGUAAUGUUAUUUUGUAGUUUUUCCAGUGCUUUGGAUGUGUUUAUAUGUAAUGUACGACUUCCAUGGUAGUUUAUUAGCACCUGACAAUUGUAAUUGUAAUAAUGCAGAAAAUUUGAACUUGUCUGAAUAAUGUUGCCCGUGUUGCUAUUGGUUAUUGCCUUGGAUAUUUUACUGUAUUUUCUCGUUUCUUUUGCAGUGCAUGCCUGCUGCCACGGCUGUCUGUUGUGUUUUUGUUUUGUUUUUUUGUGCCAAGAUAAAAUCGAAUAGGUUUAAAAGUGAAAUGCAACACAGUGUUGUUUUAAUGUUUACAGUGUUUCAGUAACCACCAAAACUGGAGGGGAAAAAAGGCCAGACUCAUUUGCUUUGAAUAGUUUUGUGUGUUUAAUACAAUGAUAAGAAAAUAAACUGCUGUUUUGUACUAA